CAUUAGUAACGCGCGCGUGCCACAGUACACCUGCCUGGGAAUACAUUAUGAAGAGUAUUUUCAAGAAACUAAAAGAUAAGAUCGCAUUUAAGGAAUUACCGCCGCCGUAUGGCUCCCGAUGUAACGAGAACGAUAGUCCCGUACACGCGCAACAAGGUUCGACGGAGUCGAUUGAUGGUGCCACGCUGGAGGUACUCGACUUGCUUGCGAAUUGCAAAAUCACCUCAGAAGCCAACGACCAGAAUCAAUCCGAGGUCGAGUACGCUGAAAUCAAAGAGAUGGGCGUGUGGCAAUCCACGCCGCUAGCUCAUCGACAUAAGUCGAAAAUUUCAUUAACUUGGGUGCUGAAAGAGAAUUUGGAAAACAAGAAAUUGGCUUGCGAAAAGGGGAGGAACUGCGAAAAUGUACGACCUAAAAAAUACAGUGACAUUGAUAGACCCCAACAUUACAGUCAACGAUUAAAUGAAAACGACAAUUAUAGAAAGUGUAAUUCGAAUAGAGACACGAAUAGGAUCAUAGGACGUAACGAGUAUUAUCAUAAUCUGAGAUUUCAAAGUGCUUGUGAUGAGUUUACCAAGGAAUCGGAUUCUUAUUCUGAUGAUUCUAGUGUUGACCUUCAAUACAUGAGGAGAAAUAGACACAGGCACAGAAGAAAGAAGACAAAACAAAACUCUAAAUUCGGAUACGAUAUUAAAGAUGUAGACGGAUUUUUAACAGAGGCUUCAAUCGAUCGACCCGGUAACAUACCGGUGGUAAUAACUUAUCCCAGCAUAUUGUACCAGACCCAAAACGAAGCUCAACAAGAGCUGACCUUACCGCUGGGCACAGUCGUGAACGCAGUGUUCAAGAACGACAAGUGGUUGUACGCGCAGACUCCGCACGGAGACGAAGGAUAUGUGUUGUAUAAGGCUUGUUUGCCCUUGGGAAUAUUGCCAAACAGAGCAUCAGCUCAAAGGAAGUCACCGUGUUGGGAGAGCAGCACCGACGUGUACCCGCGGCCGCGCGGGAACACCACGGACGGCGAAAAAACGCAACAGCGCAGAAGGACGCGUUCCGAAUGCAGAUACAGAAACAACGACAGAAUCCAACCUAAUUAUUGUCCGGAAAAAGAUUUCGACGAUUUAUAUUUGAAAACGAAAUCUGUUUGCUCGCUUAAUUCAAAGUAUGGACACGAAAAUUCGCACGUUAAAAGACAAACUCUGAUGGUCGUCAAUAGUAAUUACAAAGGUAACGUUUUGGAAAGAACGGUGACCGUGCAGAAAGGUGAAGUUGUAGUGCUCGAGAACAGCGCGCGUGCCAGUACAAAUGUCGAUUGGUUUUACGUUAAGAAGAAAGAUGGAAGUCUUGGGUUCAUACCAGCGGUUAUAGCGGAUCAUGGGUACAUUUGAAGAGCUAGCUCGUCUAGCUUAAGGUAGAAAUGUGACAAUGUCUAGCAAGCCCCAGGCUUCCCGAGGUGUUGUACCACGCAAACACCCAGGACCUGAUCCUAGAAGAUAUUUCCAUCACUUCGGGCGCAUGAUCCUAGAAGAUAUUUCCAUCGCUUCGGCGCCAUGUCGAUGGGCGAUUUGUUAGCUCAUCUGUCGAUCUAAUACAGAAAAUUCUCAAAGUUUAGAUCGUGAUCAGUAUCUAUAACAUCUUCAUUUAGUUUAUAAUUAAAACUACUGUUAACCUCGCG